AUGCACGUACCCUUUCGGCGGCUCCAGCUCCCGCUCCCUCUCCGAACAUUAGCAAAGGGGGGGAGAAUGCCCCUCCAUAACCUUAACAACCCCUCAUCAGCCCGGGUAUCGCUAAUCUCGAGGCACUUGCAACAUUCGGAGCGGGCAACUACUUCAAGCGCUCAGCAACAACGCCAACACUCCACCAUGUCUUCCCAACCACCACACCCGACCCUCCUUAUCCCAGGACCUAUCGAAUUCGACGAUGCUGUACUGCAGUCUAUGAGCCACUACAGUGAGAGCCAUGUCGGUCCUGGCUUCGUCAACACCUUCGGCGAGGCUCUGUCCAUGCUGCGCCAGCUCUUCCAGACCACCGAUUCCCAGUCGCAACCCUUCGUUAUCUCUGGUUCAGGCACCCUCGGAUGGGACCUCGUCGCUGCCAACCUCGUCGAGGCUGGCGAAGAUGUCCUCGUACUCGCCACCGGUUACUUCAGCAACGGCUUCACCGACUGCUUCAAGACGUACGGUGCCAAUGUCACAGAGCUGAGGGCCCCUGUCGGCACCCGUCCCCAACUGCCUGAGAUCGAGAAGGCACUUUCGGAGAAGAAGUACAAGGUGUUGACCGUCACCCACGUUGACACCUCUACCGCCGUUCUCAGUGAGCUUAAGGACCUGGCUUCUGUCGUCAAGAAGGUCUCCCCCGAGACCCUCAUCAUUGUUGAUGGUGUGUGUAGUGUGGGCGUUGAGGAGAUCAAGUUCGACGAAUGGAAACUUGACGGUGUGAUUACCGCCUCCCAGAAGGCCAUCGGUGUCCCCGCUGGUCUAUCGAUAUCUAUGUUCAGCGGCAAGGCUAUGCAGGCUUUCCAGAACCGCAAGACCCCGCCUGCCUCGUACUUCGCUUCGUUCAAGAACUGGACUCCCGUUAUGCAAAACUACGAGGCCAAGAAGCCCUCCUACUUCGCGACGCCCUCUCCUCAGCUGAUUCAUGCCCUUCACACCGGUCUCACUCAGAUUCUGGCCCGUCCCCUAUCUGAGCGCUUUGCCAAGCAUAAGGAGGUCUCCGACAAGGUCAAGAAGGUUGUUGCGGACCUUGGAUUGAAGCAGGUUGCUGCGAAGCCUGAGGAUCAGGCCCACGGCAUGACCGCCAUCUACCUCCCCGAGACCGUCAAGGCCACUGAGCUGCUGCCCAGCUUGGCCAAGAAGGGCAUUGUAUUUGCGGGUGGUAUCCACAAGGAGAUCGCGCCCAAGUACAUCCGUUUUGGACACAUGGGUGUCAGUGUGACGGAUCCCAACCGAAAGGACAUUGACAAUGCCAUCAAGGCGCUGCAGGACAGUCUUACGGAGGUUGGCUACCAAAAGCCUUAG